AUGCUGCUUGGAGGACACGGGACAGAGUCCCAGGGACAAGGGUCAAUGCCAGAGAAGGGCAGCAUUGCUUUCUUGUCAAAGCCUCAAGGCCUGGUUACUCCCAAGAAAAAGGGGAACGGGAAUAAAAGAAGAAAAGGAAAAGGCCUGGGGAAGAAGAGAGACCCGUGCCUGCGAAAGUACAAGGAUUUCUGUAUUCAUGGUGAAUGCAAAUACAUCAAAGAGCUGGGCGCUCCAUCCUGCAUAUGCCAGCCGGGAUAUCAUGGAGAGAGAUGUCAUGGCCUCUCACUCCCUGUGGAGCAUCCCCCCAGCACGUACGACCACACCACUGCACUGGCUGUCGUCGCUGUGGUCCUGUCCUCACUGUGUCUUGUCAUCAUUGCUGCUCUGCUGAUGCUGAGGUGCCACAAAAGAGGUGUCUAUGACGUAGAAAACGAAGAGAAAAUCAAGCUGGGCAUCACUGUGAACCACUGAGGAUGCUGGGCACUGGCGAGGAGUUGGCACUAAAGCAGUUCUACCUCCUGGAAGAUGCAAGCCACGGAGCCAGCACUGUCCCUGGGACACUGCAGCACAUUGGGAGCUUACUGGAGUGGCAGGACAGCACCUGGUUAGUGGGUUUGGUCAGGCAGUGACGUCGCCUUAGUGAGCGUAGCGUCAAUCUGUGGGACACAAGAGGCACACGAGAGACCCUCUCCACGUGGCAGGCUUUCUUGCUGUGCUGCAGAGCUGGCCGGGGCAGCUUUGCGGAGAGGCAGGAGGGACCUGCUGGCCAUCGGCAGAGGGGUUCCCUGGCAGCUCCGGGCUGCCUGCUGCAGCGCACAAUGAGGAACUAACUGUGAAAGGCUGAAGAGACCAGGCCAGGGGCUUUCUUAGAUGCAGGGGUGGGGGGGUAACAACUAUUUAACAAGAUAUUUUUCAUUUUAAAUUAUAUAUUUAUUUUAGAUAAACUGUACAUAGUAUUUAUAUUUAUUAGAGGUCUGGCCCUGCAACCUUCAUGUAGAACAAGAC